ACAAGAUGGAACCCGGCUCUCAUAAAACUCUACCAUGUACACGGCCUUCACUCCAGGACUCUGCUAGAUACAUACUGCUCCAGUAAACCAGAAAUGCCCUUUGCUCAUGAGGCUUUGAGUUAUCCUGCAAAUAAAUUUCACAAUGCAUUUUCCACAGGUGACAUUAAAGGAGACGUGUUGAUUGACAUGAGCAUUGGACCCAUCAUUCACCAUCUCUAUUCAGCACAAAAAUAUUUCAGAGAUAUCAUCCUUCUCAAACCUUCUGACCACUGUAUUGUAGAAGUGAAAAAAUGGAUGAACAGCCGAACCGGAGCAUUUGAUUGGUCGCACACCUGUACACUUGUGACAGAAACGGAAGGACAGAGUGACCAAUGUGAGGACAAGGAAAUUGGACUCAGGACGGCAAUUGCACAUGUUGUAAAAUUCGAUCUCAACAAAGAAAAUCUCACAGACCCAGUUGGGCUACCACAAGCUGACUGCCUGGUGUUCUUUAGUUUUCUGGAAGCCAUCAGUAAAGACCUUGAAGAUUUUACAAGAAAUUUCAGGAGAUUCUCAAAGCUUCUAAAACCUGGAGGGCAUGUGAUGUAUUAUGGAGUUCUAAAUGGCACAUUCUAUACGGUUGGGGGAGAGAAGUUCCAUUUUGUAAAGAGUAAUGAAAGCUACUUGAGAAGUAUGCUCAGUGACGAGGGAUUUGUUAUCACCCAUUUGGAGGUUUCCCAAAGGAAGGCUGAGACU